AGCUUUUGGCUCCAAAGACCCAGCCGGGCAUGCCGUUUAGCCAGGGAACAGCCAUGCAUGCCAUAGUGCAGGUACAGCCAAUGGGGCCAGAGGUGGAUCUCAACGUUCCAGCACCUCCCUCGCUGGAUGGCCACAUGAAGCUGUUGGAAUUUCCAGAGGUUGAGGAAAUUCCGGAAGAGACGCCUGCAGCACACAUUCAGCAGAAGCAGGAGUUCAGACAGAAGCAACACGAGGUGAAAUUGUAUAACUUCUUCAAGCCUCACGUCGUAACGGCGAGCAAUGUGAACGCGCCGCUGGACGGCCCGAAGCGCUUCACUUUUGGGUCGGUCUUGUCAAUCUUCAGUUCUUCACCCACUGAGAAGCUUUGGCCUCUACACUUAGCAGCGAAAGCAGAGGACCUUGAAAUGGUGCGAAGGCUUCUGAAGAUGGGUGCCGACCCAAUGCAGAAAAGCUCUCACGGGCGAACUGCUUUGCAGAUGGUGAUUGCGAAAGACAUGGCUCGCAUCAAGGAGACAGGCCGACGACCCGACAAUUCGCAGCAAAUCAAAAUGCUGCUGAGUGCGAGGUUGAGGAUCACCCGGGCCUCAUCGUACAGGCAACCCUUGUGAUUACCGGCUGAUCACAGUAGUUUUGUCCAAGCCGCAGUCAGGCGGCAUGGCAUUUUGACGCCGUCAAUUUUGAUCCCACGGCGCCCUCCCAGGAGAAGUGCUUAAAAUUAAUCCUGACUGGGCAGACAUUUGGGAGAUUUUUAAUUUUUUUGGCCAUCUGCCCGUCCACGCUUUCAAGCCAGGCGAAAGGUCCAGGUAGAGCAGAAAUCUGAAGCCUUGGGACCUUGCAGAUGCUUCUUUGUAACUGGCAGGUUUGAAUUGGGUUUGUCCAGGCCCCAGGUAGUACCGAAGAUGGUCUACCUAGCGGCAUGUGCUGACGCUUGAAUCGGGUUUGUCCCACAUUGGGAGGAUCGGAGAACCCAUAUGAAGCUUCCGGUGAGGUCAGAACGGGGUUGGGUACAGGCAUGGGUUGUGAUUAAAGAAAACAAGACACAGCUGGACUCAGCUGGAUAUGACAGAAAACAGAUGGCCGACAAGCUGGAUGGAGAGAAGUUCGGUAGCGGCAGGUUUGAUAUCGAACAGUUGGACG